CUGUGGAACGAGUCGGGUCGUAAAACCACUGCUGCCUGUCUUGGCCCCCGGUCCGUUGCCUCGCCUCUCCUCCAUUUGCCAUUACUCAGGCACGCAAGAGAGCAGGAGUGAUCGAGAAAGUUUCGAAAUUUUUGGGUCUGCAACUUUCAAAUGAGUAGUCGUAGAGCUGGAUCAUCUGUGGUGCAUCUUCGUCCUCGCUUGUCUCGGUGCUUUAGGUCGGACGCUGCUUUGGAAGCCAUAGCCAGAGCACGCGACGAGAGAGUCCCGAAUCUCGCACUCUAUAACUACCCAUCUUUUUCGGGUGCAUUCUCCGCUCUCUUUGCUCGCCUCUUCCACUCUCGCCUCCACGUUCCUUGCCUCAUUUUGCCUUUCUCUUCUGUUGAACCCUUCAGAGUUGAGGAUUUGCAUAUCACCGGACUGGAAAAAUGUUACCUUCUUGACUUUCUUGGCCCAAAAGGAUUUGCAGCGAAGCUUGCACAGCGAUCUUUCUGCAAGGUAAUUGCAUUUGAGCACAGAAAGUCGUCUUUUUCACAUACUUCUGCCAAAGAGGAUUGCCCUGAGAACCUUGUCGUCCAUUUCAGUACUGAGAAGAGCAGCGUAACUGCUGUGUACGAGUACUUUUCUGCUCAACUUGCAGAAAACAGAUCUACUAAGGAGGGGCCAGGUCUUUUAGACCCUCAGGAUCAAGAGCGCAUGGAGAUGGUACUUAAGUACAUUGAAGAUGGAGAUCUUCGUCGUUGGACCUUACCGGACAUCAAAGCUUUUAAUAUCGGUUUGAGUGAGAGGCGCUCAAAGUUAAAUUGCAUAACUAAUCCAUUCAUCUACGAACAGUUGUUGGAUAUAAGUGCUGUGGAUUUGAUUGCUAAAGGAAAUGCUUACACCACUGCUAGACAGAACUCUGCAUCUAAAUUUCUGGAGAAAGUUUUUAAAGUUCGAUUAGGCAGGGGGCUUUAUGGGGAAUGUCUGGGAAUCAGGGCUGAUGGGAUUUCUGAUUUAGGUGAUGAAAUUGGCAAGCAAUUAAGUGUAAUAAGUGCGGCAUCGGGCUUGAGGUCUUUUAUUUUAAAAAGAAAACCUGAGGCCAAGGGGGUGCUGUGUGAGCUGUUACUCCAGCCUAUUGGAGCAGUGAUUUACAUGCAGCGGAAUAACCUGAAGAUGAGUUUGAGGACCACAGAUGAUGCAACUGAUACUUCAGAAGUUGCAAAGGCAUUUGGUGGAGGCGGUACCCCUUCUUCUAGACUGGCUUUCAGUGAAUUCACCCUGAGUACAUAUUGGUGGUUUUGUACUUUUGCAGUCGAUGUCACUUUGAUGAUGCUUGGUGCUCUAGGAUUGAGGGUCAUUAAUCCCACAAGGUUCAGCUAUAUCAUGGAAAGGCUACUUAGAUCCUUGAACAUAGAAAGUUGGAGAAUGCCCAGCAGACCCAUGAUAUAUUUGUGAGGGUGGAAAAGAGGUAGCCUGGGACAGCAUACCAUGAGAAGCUGCAGAUCAGUGCAAUGAGGAAGAAUUUUGCCCGCGACAUGCGCUGUUCUUCCCUCUCGUGCAGAACCCUGCAUCAAUUCGGAUAGAUCGAAUUACUUCAGGUCAUGCACUGGUUAUCUACAUGAAGUGCAAAACUCCGGUUGUCUUCGACCAGUUGUGAAUUUAUUACAUUCUUUUGUGAAUGCAUCUG